AUGAAGAAUUUUCUGUGGCUGACAGUUUUCCUCUCAUUUCUACUGGGAAUCGAGUCUCUCAAAGUCCUCAUCGUGGUGAAUAUUGUCGGGAAAAGUCACUUGGACUUCUCUUCGAAUCUCGUUGAUGUUCUCGCUCAAAGAGGACACAUUGUGGUGAGUUUGGAAGUUUUAAGGUUUGAAAAAUAUUUGCAAAUCCUAUAUUUCUAUCUAAAGCUUUAUUUUCAAAAAGAAAAAAAUUAUUCUCUUGGGGAUACUUUUUGACUAUUUCGAAUCUCGAAAAAGUCAAUAUUUUUUUCAUAUUUUGAGAAUUUUUAAACAGGAUUAAUGUUACCAUAAAUUUUCAUGUUCUUAAGCACAUGAAAAAUUUCUGAAAAAUUUGGUUUUUGGUUAUUUUUUUCGUUAAUUAUCUGAAUUUAAGGACCGUCCAAGAUCGCAUAAAUUGAUAUUUGGAAUUUCUAAAAUCUUUCGUUUCUUUUUUUAAAGUUAAUUUAAUUCGAAACUGGUUCCGAAUUUAAAAUAAUGCCGACGAACGGAAACCAUAUUAAAAAGCGAAUAAAAAUAAGUCGUUAUAUUUUUUCGUACGACACUCCGCUGGAACGCAUCCAAACUAAAUAAAAAAAGCAUAGGCUAAAGAGGAAGGUUUUCUGUACCUUUUCCUCAAUUUUCCUCUUUUACGGUGUAAUAUUGCGCUUGUACGGAUACUGAAAACAGAAAUUCCUCAAGUUUUCUAUCGCGGAAAUGGGCGGGGCUUUGCGGUCUUAAUAAAAAAUAUUCCAGGAUUAUGUCCUUCUCCGACUUAAUGAUGUUGUGGUCGGGAAUGGCUCUUCCAAUGCAAAUCGAAUAUUCGAAUUCAGAUUUCCCGAAAAAGGCAAGUUUUGAGGAACUUCUUGUUCUGAUUUUUGGAGUUUUGGGUUACUGGAUGAGUAAAAUGCCGCACCUCAAAGAUUUCUUCGAAAAAUCGCCGCGGACCUUAUUCGACCUUCCUCAUUACUACGACAUGGCCUAUCGGGCUUGCAAGUGUGAGUUUUUGUUGAUGCAACGAAAAGAGCGAAUUUUGCAUUAUCGAGGAGUACGGUAUGUUAAAGUCCGCAUUUGGCGUGUUUGCACAUUCGGAGUGGUACCGUUUCCAUGUAUUACAUUUCAAUUUGAAAUUUUAAUUUUUUAUUCGCAGUCAGAAUGAAUAGUUAAUGUAAUUCAACUGUUUUCUACAGUCGCAAUCCAUUCCAAAAUAAAUUUAAAACAAAACUGGAUAAAACGCGGAGAAAUGUCCACUUAAGGUGUGCAAACGCGCAAAGUGCACACGCCAAGUGCGGACUUUUCACAUACCGUAUUCUUCAUAAAUGCAAAAAUCGCCUCUGUAGUAUCUUAUGAUUUAAAUCUUCAAAAGAUCCCAACACCUGAAUUGUUUUUAAGUGAGCAUGGAAGACGGCAGGAUGCUGAAGUACAUAAAGGAGGGAAACUACGAUAUCGCAAUAACAAGCGACUACGAUUUUUAUGCGACAACGCUCCUCAGGGCCGCCGGGAUCCGAUCUGUUGCUUGUAACUUUUUUUCAAUGAACAUAAGAAAAGCAAAUUGAAAAAAAAAGGAUUAACUUGGUUCUUAUGAUUAGUCUGUUACAUAAAAGUGACAUAUAAGUUUUUAGAAUAAUGUAGUCUGUGUCACGACUUGGAAUUUCACGAAACGACAUUCCGCUGUGCCGCUGCACGCCUUUACGAACCUUGGUCGCACUUUCAAUUUUUUUUUCUUUUAUUAAGGUGUUCUACUUUCAUGUGCUCCCACAGCAAUAACAAUCAAUUGAAAACUUGACUUAUAUUCGAAAGACGCUUCGCGAACGCACGCAGCGGAACAGCGGAAUGUCGUUCCGUGAAGUUUCAAGUCGUGGCUCACAGACUAUAAUAAGAUUCAGGAAAUAUUAGAUAUUUACAAUGAGAGCGUCACGCAAAUUAAAAAAACUAGUUUAUUUCAUCAUAAAUGUUAAAUUCAUUACAGUAAAGUUAUGGAAGCAGUUAAAUUUUAAUUUCGAAGAUUUUUUUUUCAAUUUUUUUUUAAUCAAUAACUUUGACAGUAUUUCUUGAUAAAAAAAAAAUCAAUGUUGACUUUUUGAUAUUAAGAACUUUGUAUGGAAUUGGCUUGAAUUCUUGAUUUUACGGAAUUAAAAAAUAACUAUUGGGAUUUUUUUGCAUUUAAGUUCAUGUGAACUGAAUUUGCUUAAACAGUUUAUAAAUCAUCUUUUUGACGUUGAAAUAUUAUUUUUCAGGAAAGUUUUAAGAUUAUUACUCAGAAAUAGAGCAAUUUUUAUUUUAAAAAUAGAGAAAAAAAUGGCUGACAAAUUCAAAAAGUCAAAAAAAUGUUUCCAUACAGUAACUUAAUUUUUUUCUAUUUUUUUUAAAGAUAGGGCAUUUUUUUCGUAGCCUAAAAAUGUCACUAAAAAAACUCACUUAUUUUUUUGCUUCAAAAGUCAAUAAAUACCGUUGGAAGUUGAUAGACAUAUCUUAAAUCAAGAAAAAAACGAAUUUUUUUCAGCUUUUUCUCCCACUCCAAUCUUCCCUCACCACCUCGUUUCCGCUGGAAUCCCUUCUCCGGCCAGCGUUUUUGCCGGUUUUUCUCAAAAAAGUCGUUUUUUGAUUUCACCGGAGCUUCAGGACCAAUGGCCGGAGACCACGACGGAAGCCUUUUCGACCGCGUUUUUCACCUGUUGAGAUCUGCGCUUUACCUGUACGUCGAUCGGCCCAAACAAGCUAGAGAAAUGGUAAAUUCAAUGUCAUUUUUCGAGUGUCUGCGUCUCUGUUCCCUCACCGACGAGGUCAGAGAAAUAUGGAAACAGCAUGUCAACAUGAGAGAGGCGUCGAGAGACGAGGAGGGCGCAGAGAAAAAGCAUUCAAGUUGCGAAAAACGGACUAUAAAGAGUACAAAAUUUAGGCCAAAACUCGGUUUUUGCAAUUCUCUUGCUUUUUUCAUUGUUCCAGAAACAAUGGAAAACUCAGUUGAGAUUCGAAAUUUCAAACAACUAACUCCGCCCCUUUAGCUACAGUACCUUUUCGCGUCGAUGUUCUACCGACAAUGAUCCUUUGAUAUCGCUAGUUUUUCUCAAAGAAUCAUCAUCCGGCGUUGAUAAAUAAAAAAUCGAAACGAAAUAUACUGUAAUUACGGAGGCGCAGUCAGCUGCAUGACAUUUAAAAUGUGAACGGACUAAGGUUCUCGAUGAAAUCCACUUGUUCGGACCUUGAUAACGUGGAUCGGAAGUUCCUGAGAAGUUCUAGGGAUCACUUAAGAGUCCUGAUGCUACUAAAGUAGUCCCUAGAAGUCAUCAGUUUAGUCAUCAAUCCAGUCCAAAUGUGCUCCAUUGAUAAUACUGGCCUUUCAAAUUUUCAUUUCUCAAGCAAGAAAAAUUCUUAAGUUGACUGAAAGAGUGUUCAAAACCCUAAAGUGACCGCUUGAAAAACCAGUCAACCGAAAUAUUUAUCCAUAGAGCACAUUUUCAAUUUUUCCAAAUUCCGGGGUGCGUCCGGUUUGUAUCACGAAAGUCCCACAUUUAAUUUCCUCGAAAAAUGUUCAUCAUUGGAGCGCAGAAGCUGACUUCUAAACGCCUUCUUUUCGAUAUCAUGAAAUUUCAGAACGCCCUGGCACGAAAACAUUUCGGUGAAGACUUUCCCGACGUCGAGGAAAUCUCCCGGGACGUCAACGUCAUUUUCGUGAAUUCCAAUGAAAUCAUCGAUAAAGCUCGUCCAAUUUCCCACAAGGUCAAAUUCAUCGGAGGAAUUCAGAUGCAGAGGCCGAAACCGUUGCCAAAAGUAGCUUUUUCCAAAUUUCAACAAAAAGAGUUUUUUCCAGGAAAUUGAGGCUUUAUUGGAUCUAUCGUCACGUGGCACCGUCAUUUUCUCGUUUGGAACUCAGGUUUAACGAUUUUUUAAUUUUAUUCUGUUCAUAUUCAUAUUUUCAAUGUCAAGUGCAAUGACGUCAUUCAAAAACACUCUGUGGAUGGCUCGCUCUCUGAUUGGUUUAUCGCGUCAUUAGGGGCGGGGCUUGAGCGACGACUUGAUAUUCAAAAUCUGACUAUAUUCGCGUUUGGAUGCGUAACGGCUUCGAAGCGGUUGCUUCUAGGAUGCGUCAGACCUAAAACUACUUGCGCGUUUUGACAUCAAAAGGUGUAAAAGCGGGAAAACUAAAACAGAAAAACUUGAACCAUUCCAAGUGCGACCACAGCAUUUCGAUUUGAGCCGAAAAUCGAGGUCUGAGUUAUUUUUGUUAGAAAACAAUGGAAGCAUAUUGUCGUCUUCAAAAAUUUCUGCUUUAUACAUUCAGCUUUAAACGGGAAAGUGAGUGAAAAUUUCGCAUCAUCAUAUUUUUAGUGGCCACUUAAGGGGUUGAAUAAUUAGUGGCCACUAUAGAGGUCUAAGUGCUACUACAAGACCACUAAAAGUUUAAGUGGCCACUUAAGGGGUCAAUUUAUCAUCAUAACAGGUCCAAUCUGUUUGUUUUAGAGUUAUCAGAGUUACUGGAAGGAAUACUGGAUGAAAACUACUGAAAAAAAAUUUUUCCCAGCACAAGAAACUUUUCCUUUUGACCCAUUUCUAACUAUUUUUAAAGGUUCCCACCACACGAAUCCCUCUGGAAAUCCGUCGAAACUUUGUCCGCGCCUUCCGGAAAUUCCCCGACGUGACAUUUUUGUGGAAGUACGACCGGAUGGACGACGAUUUCCAGCUUUUCGAGAACGCGACCAACGUCCACAAGUUGGAAUGGCUCCCACAAACGACGCUUCUUCGUUCGUCAUGAAGGAAAAGCCGCAUUUCAAAGACGUCUUUCAGAAGACAAGAGAGUCAUCGGAUUCAUCAGCCACGCCGGUCAGAACUCCUACGUGGAGACUGCGGCGGCGGGAAUUCCGAUUAUAGCGAUUCCAUUAAUCGUCGACCAGUUUUACAAUGCCAGAAAUGGUUUUUGAAGAUUUAAAGGUUGAAUAUGAUGUUCUUUUUUCAGCUGUGGACAAGGGCAUCGGAAUUCUGAUCGAUAAAGAAGAGCUGAACGAGUCAAACCUGGUCGUCGCCUUGGAUCAGCUUCUGAAUAAUCCCAGGUAUUUUUUGAAAGCCGUUGCUCACAAUAGUUCUCAUCGUAGAAUCUUUUGAUACUACUAAAACUUUUUUUUUCGCAUUUUUGAAAAAUUAUCGAUUGAAGCUAAAUUCCGACUUUAUUAUGGUCAAGAAGUAUAUUUAAGAUUUCAAAAAAUGGUUUGAAUUAAAAUUUUCAAGACGCAGACGUUCUACUUAACAUACCAAAAAUGGAUGAUCUUUGAAAAAACUCCGUAGAAAAUCAGGGUUUUCCACUUUUUUUUUUUGAAAAUAUGACCGCCGACGCAAUUUUUCUCAUUCUUGAACAAAAAUCGAAGCUUCAGCUACCGUCAGAACGCGACGCGACUAGCAAGAAUGAUCCGACAGAAGCCAGACGACCCAAAAGAACACUUCAUCGAGUGGGUCGAGUACGCGGCCAAGAACCCAGCCAUUCAUGAGGUUCGUCUCAAAAUCUUCCCUUUUCAUGGAUAUUUUCCAGGUUUUCAACCUUCCUGGAAAUGAUAUGGGCCCAUUCAAGUACUACUGUGUCGACGUGAUCCUCUUCUUGAUUUUUUCACUUUUCCUCACAGUUUUCGUGUCUUGGAAAUUAUUCAGCCUCGUCUCCGUUAUUGCCAACACUAGAAUCAGAAUCACCAAAAAGGAAAAACUAACAUAA